AUGUCUAUCGGAACCGACGCCCCGAUCCAGCCAACACUACUUCCCGAACCCAUCUUCGUCACCUCUCUCUCUGCAUCCGCAUCGAGGUCUCCAGCCUCUCUCGUCCUCGUCGUCGCCUUCGUCGAUCCCACUUCCUGCACGACGUUUGCCUCCGCCCCUUCCACCCCUGCCGUUUUGGUCCGCGAUGACUUUUAUCUUACGGCGCCUCCAUCUGUGGUGCUCGCGUCGUGCUUCCGGCCUCACUCUCGUGCUCGUUGCGGGACAUCGCCUCCCAGCGGCAUCAUCCUCGCGCGGUUAUCGGGCUCCCCGGUGGAUGUGUGUGGUGUGAGGUGGGUGGAUGUGCGGGUACGGUGGUUGAUCUCCACACACACCAUCGGGCCCACCUUCAUUCCACCGCCCAUCUACCUCCAGUCUGUCUCUACGUCUUUGUUCGUAACACGUACAGGCACUGUUCCCAAGCCACCAACGUUCACCUCGAACUCGAUCCAUCCGCUUCUUGUUGAUAGAGGUUGA